AUGGUACCGCAGAUCAGUAAGCCCGGCGGUAAUGUCAUCCUCAAAUCCAAGAAGGCUUCCUUCCAGGUCUGCUCAGAAGUCAUUGCAGACGCAUCACCAGUCUUCCGUGCGAUUUUUCGUCACCAUUGGAGGGAAGGCCAGGCCAUUCAAAAAGCAGGGCCCAAUAGUCCCGUUACGAUCGAGCUUCCAGGGGAUGACCCAGAUAUGGUUCGCAUUUUCGUUCGCACAGCACACGACCAGAUACUUGGCGUACCGCGGGAGCUCGACAUUAACUAUAUUCACCGUCUGGCGGUGUUUGCCGACAAGUAUGACUGUGCUCCCUUGCUGAGGAACUACGGAGAAAUCCUCAUUUACCGCGUGCUACAUAAUACUUCCUUGAUGGACGAUUGGUGGAUGUUGUUGCAAUACGCCUAUGUCCUGAAAUCUGAAGCCCUCUUCGGUGAGCUCUCACGGCGACUAGCAGUCAGACUACCAGGCAAAGUACCAGGCCAGGUGACGAGCUGUUGCUUCGCAGGAGAGGAUAUAGAGCUAUUUGUACCUGUCGAAGAGAUCAAAGACAAGCUUGAUGCCUUGUCCAAGUCGUAUUUGACCACCAUCAGCACGAUCCUUAUGACCCCGCAGGACAUCGUCAUUGAUUGUACCUGCGCACCCAGGGAGUGCAGUGUUGGAGACUAUCUGCACCAGCUUGGGCAACUUGCCAUCUACCCUCUCCCUCAUUCCAUCGACUUCCGGGGGAAGAGGCCUCUAGAUAUCAUAGAGAGGGCUCGCCGACUGCGUCCUGCUGUGGGCGUAUUCUCCACCGGGAGGUGCUUCGACUUCUGCAUGCUUUCUGAGCUUUUAAUUCAAGGUGGAGUGGCUGCCAGGUUGGAGCAGGCUGUAUCAAGGGGAUUGUGUUUGCAAUGCGUGACCCCGGGCCCUUGCGAUAAGCACCCAGAAGCUUGA